AUGACAGGUGUUAGUGGUACUAUUCGUGAUGGUCGACCAGGUAAAACGACGACUUUCAAAGAUGAAGGUCCUAUUCAAUUGGAGAGAAGACCAUCUCGUUUGACUGCGGCAUUGACACAUGUGAGAAGUACAGAAGUUUAUCCUCCUCAAGGAAAGUCUGAAGAUGAGGAAACUCCUUCAGGGGAAAUGGAUGAAUCGGCAGAGGAGAAAAAAGUGAAGGAAGUGGUUCAAGUCAUCGAUAUCGAACAUGUACCAGUGGAGGAUGAUCCGAGGGAAUGGAGCGAUAGGAAAAAGAACUUCGUAUUAGGUUUGAUGACUAUGGCUGUGCUUGGUCCACUCAUAGCUCCAUUCAUCUACAACCCGGUCAUCGACGAGAUCAAGGCGGAGCUACACGCUUCGGAUACUCAGAUAGCAUUGAGUAUAUCGAUGUACAUUUUACUUCAAGGUCUCAUGCCGAUGUUCUGGGCUAUCGUGGCUGAAACAUCUGAUGUUCAGACUGUUUAUCUUAUGUCGUAUGGUAUCUACACCAUCGGAUGUCUGGUUGGGGGAAGAGCGAAGACUAUAGAAGUUUUGAUCGGGAUGAGAUGUUUGCAAGCUGUUGGAAGUUCAGCUGUGACUGCAGUGGGGGCGGGCAGUCUGGCGGAUAUGUACGAGACGCAUGAGAGGGGAAGUAAGCUCGGUCUAUUCUACGGUUUACCUCUCAUGGGUCCAGCGGUGGGCCCGUUAAUUGGUGGAGGAUUGGGGAAAGCAUUCGGAUGGAGGAGUGUUUUGUAUUUCUUGACCGCUUUUGGGGGAGUUGCUUUGGUCAUGUUUUGUUUCUUCCCUGAUACGUAUAGGAAGGAGCGCUCCCGAGUUUACCAACAAGCUUUGAAGAAAGCCCACAAGCGAGCUUUGCACAAGGCCGAGAAAAACGGACAAUCCUCACCCUUCCCAAUACCUUUGACUAAUGUAACUCUUUCUAUUCCUACAAAACCCGACCGCCACGCACUUUCACCAUCCGAAAAUCCAGCCCAAUCAUCAGGGCAACCCACCGUGUCCAAUCCAGCCCUGGCCGAUAGCGUUGACGUUGAGGCUCAAGUCGAUACUCGAAAGAAUACCGUCAAAGUCAAGAGGAAAUGGUAUAGACCCUGGGGUCGAGUUGACUCCACGGGUGAAUCGGGAAUCCGACCUUCUCUGAGGGACGUAAACCCUUUUCCGACAAUGUGGGGAAUCAUAAAGAGUCCUCCUAUGGCUGUGGUAUUGUUAAGCUCGGGAUUGCAAUUCGCUUCGUUUUACACUAUCACCUAUACGGCUAGUAUAACUCUUGCUGCCGCACCCUACAACUACAAUCCGUUAUAUGUCGGUUUGGUCAUCCUCUCUUUUGGAGUAGGAAGUAUGUGCGGAUCAUUAAUUGGUGGUAGAUGGUCAGAUAUGAUCCUCAAGAGAUUGAAACGAGCCAAUGGCGGUGUAUCUAAUCCGGAAAUGCGUCUGAAAAGUACGUUCAUAGGGAUGCCAACUACCAUCGGGGGUUAUCUCAUCUAUGCCUGGCUGACAGGCAGGAUCGUUUACUCCUCAACUCUAGCCUAUAUAGUCGAUGCCAACCCAGGUCGAUCUUCUCCAGCAGUAUCGAUCAAUUCUGUCAUGCGUGGAGGUAUGGCAUGUAUAUGGAGUCAAUGUGCUGUACCACUUCGAAACGCUAUAGGGGACGGUGGACUGUAUACAAUGUUUGCGGGAUUAUUGGCGCUCAGUUGUGCAGGGUUGUUCGCUGUUGGCAUGUACGGAGACGCAUGGAGAUCACCCGAUUAUCGUGCGCCUUGGAGAAGAAACAAAACAGAGGAUGUUGGGACGGGGGUGAAGAGUUCUCGGGCUGUUAUGGGGCAGGAAUAG